GCGUGAUUGACAGCUGGAAAAUCCCGCCUCCUCUUCUCGGUGCAGCUCGCGCUUGCAGCAGUGCAAGAAUCGACUCAGCCGCGGAGGGAGCGUUUCCACGCAUCCAAGUUUGUUCGGACGGACCGAUCACCGGAUUCUCAAAUGAUUAAGUCUGAAGCCAUUUACCGAGGCUAACCGUGAAAACGGCAGGAUUGAGGAUAAAUACCUGCGUGUUCAGAGCUUUACAAAAUGAAACUUUGGUGUUGUGUGUUAGCUGCUGUCUUGUAUGCAGAAACUGCACGCGCGGGGGCAGAGUUCCCGGAGCCAUGUGCUGGACGAGACUGCAGGGGACCGUGUCCGUGUUUACCCUUAAAGGGUGGCAGGGGGAAGCCAGGGUCACUCGGUCCACCAGGGAUCAUGGGUCCUGAGGGAUUCGUCGGAGGCCCGGGGCCUAUUGGGCCAAAGGGUGAAACAGGUCAUGUGGGACGCAGAGGAUCCUCUGGACUAAAGGGGGACAAGGGCCCAAUGGGUGUUCCUGGGUUCGGUGGGAAUGAUGGCAUUCCUGGACACCCUGGUCAACAGGGGUCCAGCGGACCUCCAGGACUAGGGGGGUGUAAUGGCACACAAGGUGACCCAGGUGAUGGAGGACGUAGUGGAUUUACCGGUAGAUCUGGACCUUCGGGAUUGCCUGGUGUAAAAGGACAAAAAGGAGAACCAAAUUACGUAAACAUUCCUUCACCAUCCCCAGUACCUGUGAAAGGCCUUCCAGGUCCAGUAGGAUUUCCAGGUCUAACAGGGUCCAGAGGUCCGGAUGGGUUUCCUGGUUUGCCUGGUCCUCCUGGUCUUCCUGGUCCACCAGGAAGCCCGGGCCAAGGAUACAAAGGAGAGCCUGGAGAAAAGGGGGAUGUUGGUCCAGCAGGAGACAGGGGCAGCCCAGCCGUUCAGUUUAACGCACCACCAAUAAGCAGUAUCAACAAAGGAGAGAAGGGUGAUAAAGGUUAUGCCGGAGCACCGGGUCGCACCGGGAAACCAGGAUCACCAAGCCCAUUUGGUUCUAGAGGAGAGUUUGGUGAAAAGGGAAUUCCAGGAUUGCCAGGAUUAAGGGGUCUUCCGGGUUUGAAUGGACCCCCUGGACCUUCAGGCACUAAAGGCUUUCCUGGGAGUCCUGGACUUUCGGGCCAGCCAGGCUUUUAUGGCACAAAAGGUGGUAGAGGAGAACAAGGUCCACCUGGACCAUCCUUUGGACUAACAGGUGGAACUCCAGGUCCACGGGGUGAUCCUGGGUUUCCUGGUUAUCCUGGGCUAAUUGGAGAUCAAGGUUUUCCAGGGUCUCCAGGUCUACCUGGUCCUCCUGGAUUUCCUUCGUUUGACACAGGACGCCCAGCCAGUCCUGGGCCCCCUGGGAGUCGUGGAUUUAAAGGAGAGAAGGGAAACCCAGGCCGGGAUAUAUAUGGCCCUGAAGGUUUUCCUGGAAGCGUGGGCUUUCCUGGACCCCCAGGUCCCUCUGGACCACCUGGUGAAGCACCUUCUGCAAGUGAGCUCUCUAUAGGGUCACCGGGACCCAGAGGUCUGCCAGGUAUUAAAGGUCCAACUGGAGACAGCGGCUUUAAAGGUUUUAAAGGAGAAAAUGGCGACUGCGAUUGUUUCGGUGGUAGCACGAUUGGUGAACGAGGACCUCUAGGGCCUCCGGGGCCCCCAGGUUUCUUAGGACUGAAUGGUGUAAAGGGAGAAAUUGGUGACCCAGGCUUCCAAGGACUCCGUGGGUUGCAGGGCCCGAAUGGGCGUGAGGGUGGUCAAGGCUUUUUCGGGCGUAAAGGACAGAAAGGUGAACCCUCCUUCCGUCAAGGUAAAGGACCAAAAGGUGAUAGGGGUCAGUUGGGUCUUGCUGGGGCACCUGGAGCAACUGGCAACCCCGGAAGGACUGGAUCUUCUGGUUUCCCUGGACAACCAGGCCUACCUGGGGAUCCUGGUUUUGGAGUGACUGGAGAUAAAGGUUUUCCUGGUAUCUCAGGAUUCAAAGGACGUCCUGGUUCAGUUGGAGAGCCUGGCAUUGGUUUUCCUGGUGCAGCUGGGUUCAAAGGGUCACAAGGGCACCCUGGAUUCAAUGGUCUUCCUGGGCCACCUGGAUCUCCAGGGCUUCGAGGAACAGAACUGCCCUGUAGGAUUCCUGGAAUACCUGGAGAUCCUGGAUUUCUUGGACGUCCUGGAGUGCCAGGGCCAAAGGGUCAGCUUGGUCCCCCAGCAGGGAGAGGACGGACAGGACUAGAUGGGCCAAAGGGUGAGAGAGGAGACCCAGGCACUGGAGGUCUGCCUGGUCCUCAUGGUUUUCCUGGACCCAGAGGAGAUCCAGGUCUACCAGGAGUAACAAAUGCUGGCUUACAAGGAACUACAGGAAGAAACGGUUUUCCAGGUGUGCCCGGAGCAAAGGGACAACCUGGUGAGGUUCUUGGGGCGACCCCUGGAGGUCCAGGACUUUCAGGAAGGCCAGGAGAGCAAGGAGACAAGGGUCAACCUGGGAUACCUGGAUCAUAUGGAAGGCCUGGUGCUGAUGGCCGCAAUGGAUUUCCUGGUGCAAAGGGUGAACACGGUUUGGAUGGAAGACCUGGCUCUCAAGGCCCGCCAGGUCCACCAGGCGAAUAUCUUCCGGGGGGUAUCGCUGGACAUAGGGGCCCGGCUGGACCUAAUGGGUUUACUGGAAAUACAGGAUUCUCUGGGCAGAAGGGUACGAGAGGAGAUCCAGGUCUUCCAGGGCCUGGUGGAGUAAAAGGUAUUCAUGGAUUACCUGGUGUCACAGGGUCACCAGGAUAUAGGGGACCUCCUGGACCCUCUGGUUCUGGAGGCCGCCCAGGCCUGCCUGGAAGAUCUGGAAUAAAGGGGGUGAAAGGGUCUCUAGGGUUGUUGGGAUUCCCUGGAUUUCCUGGUUCUCCUGGAGUAUCAGGUAGCCCAGGUAUUAAAGGCUUGCCUGGUUUAAGAGCACAGGAUGGUUCAACUGGAAGAAGCGGAGCGAUAGGAAUCAAAGGGGAACGUGGAUCUCCGGGUCUUCCAGGACCCACUCCACUGAUUCCACUAGAGCGGCUGCAAAAGGGCGAACCAGGUGACCCAGGAAGCAGCGGACUGCCUGGUUUUCCAGGACCAAGAGGUGAUAAAGGUUUUCAGGGGCAACCUGGACGUCCAGGCUUUCCUGGACUACCUGGUCUUGCAGACCGAGCGAAAGGUUUUCCUGGCCAGCCUGGAUUCCCAGGCAUUCCUGGUUCGUCUAGUUUUCCAGGGCCAAAAGGAUCACCGGGUGUCAUCGGCUUUCCAGGCUCAACCGGUCUGAGGGGUGAUGAUGGUGCACCUGGACUUCAAGGGUUUUCAGGACCUCAAGGACAGAGUGGUGCCAAAGGUGAGAAAGGUGACACGUAUUCAUUACCUGGGGUCCCUGGAGCCAAAGGUGUUAUUGGAGAGCCUGGAUAUUCAGGUCGUCCUGGGCUUCCUGGUAAUGUGGGUGACCCAGGUUUCUCAGGACCCCCUGGAUUUCAAGGCCAGAAAGGUCCUCGUGGAGAGCCAGGAGCACCGGGAUUUGUCUCACCAGGUCUCCAGGGCAUUAGAGGUCUGCCCGGUUAUCCAGGAGCGAAUGGGCGUAAUGGAGAGCCAGGCCUUCCUGGAGCUCCAGGCUCACCGGGAGAGAAAGGUUUUCGAGGGUCACCUGGUUUAGAUGGACUCAAUGGUCUUCCAGGAUCCAAGGGGCAGCCUGGAGUUCCAGGUGUGGUUGAAGGUGGUCGGCCUGGUGCUUCUGGUCCAGCUGGCCUGAAGGGAGAAAGAGGCUCAUCAGUGGCGGGAGCCCCUGGACGCCCUGGAGAAAGGGGAAUCAAAGGAGACAAUGGUUUUCCUGGUUUGAGAGGCUUCCCUGGAAAUCCGGGCCCUCCUGGCCCACCAAGUCCCUCUAACAUCCCGGGUCCUUUCGGAGACCCUGGACUUCCAGGAUUAGACGGACGGGAUGGUCCCACUGGUCCUCCUGGUCUCCCUGGUCCACCAGGCCCUGGAACGGUUCAAGGAGGGAGUGGAGAUGCUGGUUAUCCUGGACUACCAGGCACGCCAGGGCCACGUGGAGACCCUGGUGUUUCUGGAUCCCCGGGAUUUCCCGGCCGUCCUGAUUUCAAAGGACAAAGAGGUGACCCUGGCUAUAGUGGUAUACAAGGACCACCAGGAUUCACAGGAGAAAUAGGGAGUUAUGGCAGCAGAGGAUUGAAAGGGGCAAAGGGUUAUCCUGGUCCUAAGGGGAGACCAGGUUAUGUCUCCCAAACCGUAAACAGAACUGCUAUAGGACCACCAGGUGAUCCUGGCUUCCCCGGUCGUCGUGGGCCUGUUGGUCAGUCAGGAAUAUCAGGCAAGCCAGGCAGUCCAGGACCCUCAGGUCCCAAAGGUGUGAGGGGGUCAGAAGGCAGACUUGGUCCAGCCGGUCCACCUGGAUCUCCAGGACUCUCCGGUGACCCCGGGGCUCCAGGAUUCCUAGGACCAACAGGAACUCAAGGACCCCGCGGUCAGCCAGGGUUGCCAGGUCCUCCUAGUACACCGUCACGCAGUGUCAGUGUUGGUUUUACUCUGGUAAAACACAGUCAGUCCAGCUUCGUCCCCAUGUGUCCUCAAGGCAUGGAUAAGUUGUGGGAGGGCUACAGUUUGCUCUACGUGGAGGGACAGGAGAAAGCACAUAACCAAGAUCUGGGAUUGCCUGGCUCCUGCCUACCUUAUUUCAGCACCAUCCCUUUCCUAUACUGCACACCCAACGAAAUUUGUCACUAUGCUAGCCGCAACGAUAAAUCCUAUUGGCUAUCCACCACGGCGCCUAUUCCCAUGAUGCCUGUAGCAGAUCAGCAGAUAUCCCAGUACAUCAGCCGCUGCUCAGUGUGCGAGGUUCCAUCUCGAGCAGUUGCUGUACAUAGCCAGGAUCUCACCAUACCUACAUGUCCUCAGGGCUGGAGAAGUCUGUGGAUUGGUUACUCUUUCCUUAUGCACACAGCCGCAGGUGGGGAAGGUGGUGGUCAGUCUUUAAUGUCACCCGGUUCUUGUCUGGAGGAUUUCCGUGCCACACCCUUCAUCGAGUGCAACGGUGCUCACGGCACAUGCCACUACUUUCUCAACAAGUACAGUUUCUGGCUGACCACGGUGAAUCAGAAUGAACAGUUCUCAGAGGGUCCGAUCGGGGAAACACUGAAAGGAGAUCAGUAUCGCUCACGAGUCAGUCGCUGUCAAGUCUGCAUGAAGAUCUUGUGAUGCACAUCAGAAAAAAGUGACUUUAACAAAACAAGUAAAGGAGGCCUUUGAGGAUAAAGUGAACCGUAAACUAAUUCAACUGACUGAUUUGUUUGACCUGCUAUAUAUAUAUAUAUAUAUACAGUAUAUAUAUAUGAGACACCCAGCAGUGAUAAGGAGAGCUAAAGAAAGCCCACGCAUAGUAGGGCUUUCCUAUAGUAGGAGAAUAAUGGGAGAGGUUUCUUUUUACCUGUUUAUUAACAGUGGUGCUACAGUAUGUUUCAUGUUGCUUUUUUAUUUUUGGAUAUAUUUAUGGCUACCUUGGAGAGUGCAUCCCAGUGGAUGGCACAGAAUGGUACACAAUAUAUUUUUCAAAAGAAUUCAUACAGCAAGAUCUUAUUUAGCUGGUUGCUACUGCGUUUCAGUUACAGUACAUAUUGGCUUCAGUUGCCUAUAUUGGUGCUUCCAUUACUGUUGGCCAAAAAUAUGUAUCCUCUACUACUCUAUCCCCAAAAAUAUGUAUCCUAUAUGAAUUGCACUGAAGUUAAUAUCUGGAAAAAUAUGUAAAAAAUUAUAACAUAAGAUCACAUGCAACUGAUGUAAGUAAAUUUACUUAGUCCUUCUAGUAUUUAGUUAUCUUAAGCAAAAUUAUUUUCUUUCAUUAAUGAGAAAUCCAUCAAAUAUGAACAAUAAUUAUGAUGAAUAUAAAUGAUACUCUUGCUCUUUUAAGGAUACUGUUUAUCUUUCAUAAUUCAUGACUUCAUAUUCAUAACAAAAAUGGAGUUGAAAAGAAAUGUGAAGCAUAUCAAAAGUUCUUUUAGCAUAUCAAAAUGAUUGUUUAUAUAUUUGUAUUCAAACUGAAACCUUUUAUAACAAAAUGUCUAAUUCGCUGUGUGCAUUCGAGGUGGUAUAUAGACAGGGGUGCACAUAAGUUUUUCUAUCUGGUUCACAAGAGAGCACCUGGAGAUUCGGUUUGGUGCUCACAUUGCACAUAGUGUGACAAAUUAUAUUUACCAAUUAAAAAUAAAAGUAAAACAGUAGUUACUUUUUAAUGAACAAUAAACAAAAUAAUAAAGUGGGAUAAUACUAUAUUUAUAUUACUUUAAAGUACACUUAAAAUACAAUGAUAAUGUAUUUCUUCUUGUUUUUCUUUUUACAUUAGUAAAUAUUAAUUUCAACACCAAUUUUGAAACCUAAAACGACAACCUUUUUGGUUUUUGGCAGGUUACUGGGAAGUGCACUCGCGAACGCACAUGGAGAUUUGCGGUGCGGAGCUAGGAUCGAGUAUAGCAUAGAGAAACACAAGCUGCGUGCAAGUGUCAAGUUUAAACAGCUUGUCCUUUUAGAAAGUUUAAGAGAAGUGGUGUUUGGUAGACGUGCAGCGCAGCGCUUCCAGACAUUCACAGAGGCUGCGCGUGCCGCGUGCUUCUCUAGUAACGAAAGCAGAACCAACAAAGCGCCUACCAAUACUCCGUUUUUCAUCAUUUACACCCAGGUCCCGUUUAACACCGGGAACAAACGAGAUAUCAGUAGAUUUGGCAGCAUUCAGUACAAACGGAAAACUUAUCCAGUAUUACAUUUAGUCGGUCUAAAACAGUGAUUGUGCAUCAAAAGGUUUCAACCAUGUCAGUACGCAAAUGAGCGUUCUAAACUUAUUUACAGAGCGCAUUUUUAAUUUUGGUCGCGCGUGCGCACCACUUAUGUGCAUCACUGUAUAUAGAGUAAUAUAAAGUAAACUGGUUUCUUAAAAAUUGUGUAAUGUAACCACUAUGACCACUAAGCCAUUCAGUCUCUCAUUGGUAGUUUCCUUGAGUACACAUUUAAUUUUAAUUCUGUUGCAUUUUGUCUUGUGUCUGUAAGUGGUUAGAUUAUAGUUCAUUCACAUCAUCUCUCAUUGAUAGAAAAAAUGUGUAUUUAAGCAAAGAAACAGCUGAUUUAUACACUUAUUAAUAUGGAAAGCUUUCCCUAUUUCUGACUGUAAUUUUCUAAAAAUAAAGUUUGUACAUUUGUGAAGAUUGGCUUUUCACACAAUUACCAUUUAUUGUUGU